AUGGACAUCAUACUCAUCAAAUUGCUGCUGUUUCUGGCGAUGUUUGUCUUGACACUAUUCGUAGGACUCAUGCCAAUAAAAGUGCUCAGUCUUCUCAGACACUCGGCUGCUGUUGCGACGUCGUCACGCGAGCACAAAAACGUUUCUUUGAUACUUUGUCUACUCACUUGUUUCUCCGGCGGAGUGUUCCUUGGCACCUGCUUUCUCCACUUGUUCCCGGAGUUACAAGAAACAUGGAAUGCAUUUAAUGAGGACUUUCAUCUUGACAUUCACUACCCGAUCGCUGAACUCAUCUCAUGCAUUGGGUUCUUUCUGCUCUUCUUCUUGGAAGAGGUUGUGAUUAUGGCGAUGCCUUCAUUUGCUCAUGGUGCUGGACACGGGCAUAGUCAUGGUCAGGCGCACGGACAUCAACCCGUUGACACUGAUGCGUUGAUUGGUGCUUCACAAAGUGGCGGUUGCUGUCUUGUUCCCGGUGCUUCUGAACAAGACAAAGGCAAACAAGAAUCGACACCCCUAAACGUUUUAAAUGAUGAAGAAGUUCAUGCUGACAUUGAGCGCGGAAGUAUUGGAUCGGAAACCCAAGGCCAUUGCCGUACUCAUUGUGCCCUCACCGUACAUUCAGUUUACCGACGUGGAAAUUCUCAAGAAAAGCCAAGCAAUUGCAAAAUGGUGUCAACAGAGCUGUGCACAGCGGUUAUUUUGGCCGAACCAGAGCGAUGUGAGACAAAUUGCGAGAAAGUUGAUGAAGAUCCACCAAUUCUGAUGGCAUCUAAGCCUCAUGCUCACUCACAUGGUGUCCGCUCAAUUACAUUUGUGGCCGCACUUUCUUUCCACUCAAUCGUCGAGGGUGUUGCUUUGGGAAUCACGAAUAGUCCAACUGAUGCCUAUACAUUGUUCUUCUCGCUGAUGGUUCACAAACUUAUUGUCGCCUUUUCGGUCGGAUUGCAGCUCGCUCGUACUCACGCACAUGCUCUUUAUAUGGUGGUCAUUUCAAUGCUUAUUCUUGCCUCGAUGUCACCGCUCGGGGCUUUGUUUGGAAUGAUUGUCCAAAACACCAUUGAUGGCGCUUUCAAAGAAGCUUUGAUGACCAUUUUUCAAGGACUUGCAGUCGGAACCUUCAUUUACGUCACAUUCUUUGAAGUGUUGCUUCAUGAGCGAGACAACGAACAUCCAAAUCUUCUAAAACUCGUCUUUAUGCUGCUUGGCUUUACGAUGAUUGGAGCGGUGCGCCUUUUCGAUGAUGGGCAUGGUCAUGGGCACUCACACGGAGCUGGUGGUGCCCAUGAUGAACAUGACCACGUGAAUGCAGCUGCUACAACGGCAGCUACCGUUUUGGCAAAUGCCACCGCAGCUGUUAUGACAAAAACUUUGGGU